AUGAGUGGCUUUCAUAAUGUUAACAAUAUUAAUCUGAUGGCACAGCAGCAGUCGAUGCAAAAUAGAGUCAAGGUUGGCAUUAAGAAUUGGCAAAAUGCUACCAUUCAGGAUUUAAUGAACUUUUUGAGUCGAAACACACGUGUCUCUAUAGUGGAUGCUUCAGUUGAAGGCCAAACGGUUAUAGGAUACGUUGCAAGUAAAGCGGAUGCAGAUUCUUUGAUGAAGUGGAAUGGUAUCAGAUUCGCGGGAAACAAUUUGAAGUUUGAAAUACUGGACGAUAAUAGUGGCACAGGUACAUCAAACACGAUCACUUUGCUCAAAAACUUUUUGUUACGUAGAUAUAAGACAGAGACAAAGAUGCUAGAUCUCGGUAACUUGCAUAACGAUCCAGAACUUGUUCAAAAGGGAUUAUUCUCGUCAAUUUCAACACAGUCAAAGAUGUUUCCGGCUCUAAUGAAACUGGCAUCGAAAGAGCCUCAGUUAAUUGUUGAAAGCAUAAAUUUGUCGGAUAAUAAUUUGAAGGAUAUAACCGGGAUUGCAUCUUUAGCUCAAACCUUCCCAAACUUGCGGAAUUUAUGCCUGGCAAAUAACCAAAUAUCAAGAUUUCGCAGUUUAGAGGUCUGGAAAAAUAAAUUCAAAGACUUGAGAGAAUUGCUUAUGAUGAACAACCCCAUUACAACCGAUAAAUUAUACCGUUCGGAGAUGCUAAGACUCUUUCCAAAAUUAGUUAUUCUGGAUGGUGUAGUUUUAAGGGACGAACAGCAACUUACAAGGAUAUAUUCCUUACCAAUGAAGCUACAACAAUUUUUUUUUGAGAACAAUGAUUUGGGUUCAUCAUCAACAGAUUUUGUCACAAAUUUUUUAAAUUUUUGGGAUGCAGAUAGAAACCAGCUUUUGGGCUUAUAUACACCACAAUCCCAAUUUUCUCUCUCUGUUGACUCUUCUAUGCCCUCUUCUUCAGUAACAGAGUCUGAUCAGAAUCCUUCUUUUGGUUAUUACUUAUCCUCCUCUCGUAAUAUUAGUAAAGUUUCCAGUGAAAAAUCAAUACAGCAAAGACUAGCCAUGGGACAAGAGGCGAUAAGUAAAAACUUCAAAUCCAUACCAAGGACAAAACAUCAUUUACAAGAUAAACCUAAUGAAUAUUCCAUGGAGGUAGUCUCGUGUCCACAAAUCAGUGGUUUCAUAAUAACUCUACAUGGGUUUUUUGAGGAGACUGAAAAACCAGAGAUUGACCCUAUCAAAUCAAAUGGUCCACAAAGGUCCAGAAGAUUCAAUCACGGUCACAAUUCAACAAAUAAUAGAUUAUCCAAAAAAUCCUUUGAUAGAACUUGGGUUAUCGUUCCUACGGGUACUGGUGUUGUUAUAGCUUCUGAUUUACUAACAAUUAGAGCAUUUGCUACCCCAGCAUGGUUGCAAGAUCCUUCACAGUUUCCUGCAGUGGUUCCACAGACUAUAAAUCCUUCCCAACCAUUGCAAACUGGAAUGCCUAUAGCUGCCCCAGGUAAUCAGGCAAUGGCAGCGGCAAUAAAUCCAUCAAUAAGCACCGGAUCUGCUAUUGGAAGUGCGCCCCAGUUAUCUCCAACUUUGCAACUUCCGCCAGAUGUUCAAGCCCGUUUGAAUCCCUUACAAUUAGAGAUCUUAAACAAAUUGCAUCUUGAAACAAAACUCAAUGCGGAAUAUAGCUAUAUGCUUGCUGAACAAAGUGGAUGGAGUUAUGAUGUUGCAAUAAAAGGAUUUCAGAAUAGUGUUAGUAAUAUCCCGAGAGAGGCCUUCAUUCAAUAG